ACAUAUUGAUAAAAUGCAUACCUUAUUUCUAUUGUAAGUCACAUUGGAUAACAGAUUGAUAAAUAAAUAAAUGUGAAUAAUGUGUGGGUGGCUUAGUCUCCUCCCAGGGAUGAUUUUAGAAUGGCCAUGGUUGGAUUUAGAGUGCAUGAUUCCACCCCAAGAGAAAUUUGAGGAAGUAUUGAUCUCCCUGGCAAAAAUAAAUAGAUGUAAGCCUAAUACAUUAAGGUAGUAAAUACAGGUGAUAAUGUGUCUGUAUGCUUAAAAUAAUUCAGAAAUGACAGAAUAGUUGAUUAUUUACUAUUUUUACCAUUAUUACUAUUAUUAGUGCUGGUCAUCCAGAUACAUUACAUUGAAAUCCCUAUACACAGGCACAUUUGUGUAAUACAACUGACAGGAAGCUGAAUGGGUUUAGCAUCUUUAUUGAUCUUAAUAUCACUUAUACAGAUUACAUUUAGAUUUUAAUUAUUUCUGUUUUGACUUCAAGAUAACGUCUGGUGACCUGGAGUCUGAACGUGUGAACCGUGCUUCUCUCCUUCUCCUUGGCCGCAUAUCACAGAGGUGCCACCCUCACCCACCCCCCCACCCCUCUCCUCCCCACCAUCACCACCACACUGUGCCUACUAAGAAGAGGGUCGGACCCCCCCAAGCAUGACCGUGGCUACAGGUGACCCGGUAGAUGAAGCGGCAGCCCAUCCCUGUCAGGUGCAGGACACGUAUGGCCAUGCGGCGGACCACGAGUGCUGUGAGCGAGUGGUCAUCAAUAUCUCUGGCCUACGCUUUGAGACGCAGCUCAAAAGCCUCUCGCAGUUCCCUGAGACAUUACUGGGGAACCCCAAGAAGCGCAUGCGGUACUUCGACCCCCUGAGAAACGAAUACUUUUUCGACAGGAACCGGCCCAGCUUCGACGCCAUACUGUAUUACUACCAGUCGGGUGGAAGGUUACGUCGGCCGGCCAACGUGACCCUGGAUGUCUUCUCAGAGGAGAUCCGCUUCUACGAGCUCGGGGACGAGGCCAUAGAGAUAUUCAGAGAGGAUGAAGGCUUCAUUAAGGAGGAGGAACGACCACUGCCAGAGAAUGAGUUCCAGAGGCAGUUGUGGCUGCUCUUCGAGUACCCAGAGAGCUCAGGCCCUGCCCGGAUCAUCGCCAUCAUAUCUGUGAUGGUGAUUCUCAUCUCAAUCGUCAGUUUCUGCCUGGAGACCCUGCCUAUAUUCCGCAACGAGGCGGAGGGCAUGCACAAAGUCUACCAUACCGAUAUUAACGGCACUUCGACAUACAUUUCAACGACCUUCACCGACCCCUUUUUUAUCCUCGAGACUCUUUGUAUAAUCUGGUUCUCGUUUGAGUUCCUCGUCAGAUUCUUUGCCUGCCCCAGCAAAGCUGGGUUUUUUGUUAACAUCAUGAACAUUAUUGACAUUGUUGCCAUCAUACCUUAUUUCAUCACCUUAGGAACUGAGCUGGCGGAACAACAAGAUGAGGCCCAGCAGGGCCAGCAGGCUAUGUCAUUGGCCAUAUUGAGAGUUAUCCGACUGGUGCGAGUAUUCCGAAUCUUCAAGCUGUCACGACAUUCCAAAGGCCUUCAGAUUCUAGGACAGACUCUCAAAGCCAGCAUGAGGGAGCUGGGGCUGCUCAUCUUCUUCCUCUUCAUCGGAGUCAUCCUCUUCUCCAGUGCCGUCUACUUUGCAGAGGCCGACGAACCCGACUCUCAGUUCGUUAGCAUUCCAGAGGCCUUUUGGUGGGCCGUGGUCUCUAUGACGACGGUGGGUUAUGGCGACAUGGUGCCCACAACAAUCGGCGGGAAGAUUGUGGGAUCAUUGUGCGCCAUUGCUGGUGUGCUGACCAUCGCCCUACCAGUGCCUGUGAUCGUCUCCAAUUUCAACUACUUCUACCACCGCGAGACAGAGGGGGAGGAACAGGCCCAGUGCCUGAACGUCCCCAGCGUUCCCAAGAUCGACUCCAACGAGGACCUGAAGAAGAGUCACAGCGGCUCCUCAGUAAGCAAGUCAGACUACAUGGAGAUACAAGAAGCUGUGCGCAACAGCCACGAGGACUUCCGUGAAGAGAACCUCAAGACGGGUAACUGCACUUUGGCAAACACCAACUACGUCAACAUAACUAAAAUGCUCACGGACGUAUAACCCUCAUCAGGGUUUAGAAAGGCAUUGACCACCUUCUUGGGGGACAUGCUUUCGAGGACUAAAGCAAGUGAAUCUUCAAGAAGGUCAUGGUCGUGAAGACAGAAAGCAGUGAGAUGGAGCUGUCCGAAACCUCUCUUCUUAUGGUUCCUUCCAUGUGCCCUACUCCCAGGCCAGCCUUCUAAAAGUUAACCUGAGGAGGUCUGGCAUCUGCAUGGAACUCAUCUCAUUAAUGUGAUUACUCUGUUGUCGUCCUGCUCACCAUAAUAGCCUAAUAGCUUAAUAAGGAGGGCAUACUGCAUAGACGUAGCAUAAGAGACCCAUGGGUGUCCCUUGCUUGUAUACCACCCCAGACACACUGCCAGCGCAUUAAGAUUUCCCUUGCUGUUACAUCCAAGGCGAGAAGUGUUGGUUGGUUGCCCCAGAUCAAAUGCUGAUGGGUUUGUACAGCAUUGUCAACCUAUAUACCCUGAAUAACACAUAGGGUUUAUGUCAGUGGAGAGAAAACCAGAUUAUUCACUGCCACCCCUGCCUACAUGGUGUCCCAUGUGAAGCACCUGAAGAAUGUCACAUUCCACUUCAUGUUAGGCACUUAUCGAAGAACCUGUGCGCGAUUCACUGUUGCAGAAGGUAGAUACAUUGAUAUUUUCAGUGAUAUUAUUAGUAGCACAAAGUUGUCCACUUUUUGCCACCAUAGUUAAUGGGGCAAUGGAUGUCCAAGAAGAAAAGUAUAUUCUUCAGUAUCAGGCUCACCAGUGAGUGACAGCCGGUCAACAUAGAGCAAAUGUUUCUUAGGCAUGUAUCAAUAUACAUGUGAUACCAUCCACUCUACCCUUAUCAUAUGUUCUUGUUUGAAUGUACACUGCUGGCUUGCAUAGUAUUGUUUUUAUUCACUGAGGCAUGCAAUGUCCUGGGUUCUGUUUCAUGUCAGACGUGAAAGAAUCCAGGAAGUGAAAAUCAACAAUAUCAGAGGUAGCCGCAAGCUGCUCUCAUCGCACCAUUUAAUUCCUCUCAUACUCCAUCACUAUUUGUCACCCGCUUCCUCAUACAUCUCAUGCUCAUGCCUUGUUGUCAGUCAUGCCCUGCCUAAUAACUUCAUAGCAUUCCACGUUUUUUAGGAAACAUAUUACUAGAGUCAUUUUAUGACUGUAUAGGCAUUCCAACAAGCAAUUGUGUCAUUGGGAAAAAGUAGGGUGGGGUUGGGUGGGUAGGGACUGCCAUUUACUGUGAUAUUGGCAGCUUAAUAAGCAAAUAGUUUGCUUGCUAGACAGGUCACCAAAGACAAAAAUCACUGCCAUUGUACUUUUCUUGCAUUUUUAAAUGUUUUUUAAUUUAUCAGUUUCAUCAGGGAUCACCUGUAGUGUAUUGGUGCAUUUUGCCCAUCCUGUAAUGCUGGAGAAAAUGUGGUGACACCUGUGUUCGAAAUAUGCUUCGUAAAAACAGCUUUUUUGUAAAAUAAGAGCUAUACGAUUACUUAAGUGCUGCAUGCCAUGUAAACAUUCCAUAUAGCAUGCAUUUGGAAUGAAUGGUACUUAAAGACACUAGUAAUGUGUAUUUAUAUCUCAAAAUAAAUUUCUCUGUGAGACAUUCAUGCUAUGUGCAAUAUACGAGAGUGUAGAGUUAUGUAUAAUAUCUUAAGGUUUUAAUAAACUGCAAACCCCUUUGCUUGGCUCAUGUCACUAGGCCCAUUAGCCACUGGUUCACCCACUGGAAGGUUGCUCGUUUUUCUUAUAUCUGAAUUGAAAGAUGGUGCAGAUAAUUUGGCUGUGGUUGCUUAAAACCCAUAUGCUGUUAAUGAGAAACUGGAUGUAUUAGGAGUCCAAAGCAUCACUUACACCUGUUGAGAUGUCUUAAAGAACAGUUGGACAUAUCACAGUCUCUCUGUUACAGCACUUACGGUUACAUUCCCUUUCAGAUGACACAAACUGACAAACAAAUGACAGAUUACCUCUGCACACCUGUAUCUGACAGGUACACCAGGGAACACACAAAAUAUUAAGAUAAUAUCAGUUCCAAGCCCUGUCAAUGUUUCCCAUAUACCUUAAGUCAUCAUUCAAUAGCACAAUGACUCAAUGAAGGUCUAUACGCCUGUUUCAUUGUAUGCUGAAGUAGCCUGUACAGUAAGUAUAAGCGCAUGGGUUUAAUUGGUUUAAAUUGAGCCAAUAUUAGACAAACGUUGUGGUGACAUUUUAUUAAUAUAUUGAACAUGGUUACCACAAUUGCUGCCUUUGGAAAGGGCAAGACUACAGAGGUUAUGAGUUAUCAAUUAUCUUUCUCAGUGUAGCAGACUGCUUGACUUAUUUGUAUUUUUUAACAAUGAUUUUAUGACAGAAGAGAACAUUGUAGUAUAAUAACUAGUUUUAGAUUAUUUAGUUUUUUAAACAACUUUUAUUUAGAUAUUUGUAUGUUUCUAUGUUUGAAACAUUUGAUGUCAAGAAGUGUUCAAAUAUCCCGUAUCCUAAAGUAUGCCGUUUAAAGUUUCAACACAAUUUCAACUGUGUCCCUUUGACUUUGGAGUUUAACCUGAAGUGAUUCUCAGUUGAUAAGCAGGCACACAAAGCACAAAACCUACAGCUCUGUAUACCUCUGCCACUUAUAGUAAAGGCCCAACUAUUUAGUCCCACUACAUAGCCUUGCAUGGAAUGAUUUUAUGAACGGGACUUUCUGCCAGUUGGUUUCAAUGAAAAACCUGCCUCAGGCAACUUACACCAGAGUGUCUGACUGUUUAGAUCGCUUGCCAUCUCUGAAACAAAGCCAAGAUCUCUUAGAUCCUUUUUACCUCCAGGGAUGUGGUGCCCUGUUCACUCUAUCCAAAUCUGCUGCCCUACUUCAGGUGUGUUCUACAGUAUCUGAGCAGCUUAGCGACAGCUCUGAAGGCAAAACUGUGCUCAAAGACAGACAGCACCAUCUACAGAUGUAAGGACCCCAAAAUAAAUGUAUGUUGGGAGACAAUUGCAACCUUCCUAUAGAAAAAGUCUCCAUACCAAGACAAAUACAGGAUUUCUUAAUU